CUUUCGCGCAAUCGGUACCAAGAUCUAGAGUAAGUGAGUUCGUUUUCUUUGUAAGAUUAAAGUUCGUUCUUUGCGAGAUUAAGAGAAAAAUUACUUGGAAAUUCGUUUCGUCGUAAAACAUCAUGAAGUCUCUGAUUCUUUUGUUGGUUUGUGUGUCCUUGACUCAAGCCUUCAAUCCAUUUGGAAUUUUUAAGGAAUGGAAGGGAGAAGUUGAGGAAGCUAUUGACUCCAGUGACCACCAGGAACACGUACAGAGAUUCUUGGAUGAAGCACAUAAGACCAGAGUACACCUUGAGAAUAACGAACAUCAUCGCAAUAAGGUUGGCAAGGUUUGGUUGAAUUUUAAAAACAAGGCUGAAGAAACCUUAGAGAACGCCAAGGAAACUAUUGAUGAGGUCGAGGAAGAACUGAAUGUAAACCAAGAAGUGCCAGAACACGCGAGAAAAUUCAUAAAGGAAAUCCGUCAACAAACUCGUGGCAUCGUGAAAUCACUCAAAAAGAUCAUUCACCCAAUAAGAGAAGAGGCAGAAGAACCCCAUAUUUUCUCAAAGCUCCCAGAUCCUGAAGUUUUUCCGACAGAACUUCCUGAGCCCGAAGUUCUUCCGACAGAACUUCCUGAACCCGAAGUUCUUCCGACAGAACUUCCCGAACCCGAAGUCCUUCCAACAGAACUUCCCGAACCCGAGGUCCUUCCGACUGAACUUCCCGAACCUGAGGUCCUUCCAACAGAACCUGAAGUUCUGCCGACAGAACUUCCCGAAGUGACCGAAUAUCCAGAAUUCACUGAAGAACCUGAACCUACGGAGGAGCCUGAACCAGAAGUUCCUGAGGAACCGCAAACAGAAGAACACUCUGUAGAACUUAUUAGUGAGCCUGAGAGUGAUGUCCUUGGUGAUGAAAAUGAUGACGAUGAUGAUGAUGCACCUGUUAGCCAGGUAGAAGAAAAUGAUGAUGAUGACGAGGAUAAUGAUGAUGAUGACGACGAUGAAUCCACUGAAGCUCCUUCAGUGGUACCUGAAAAAGAAAAUGAGACUCAAGAAGUUGUAGACGUGGCAAAAAGAGUCGAGGUAACUAAGGAAAACCUGCCCAAAUGGCUGCUCAAGCGAAAGAACAAACUGCGAAAAAUGUGGGAGAAAUACACCCUGAACAACAGCGAGAAAGUUCUGGAGAAAAUACGAAGACUUCAAGUGAGUCUCGCCAAGAAGACCGAAGAAUGAGCUAUAUAGCUCAUGAUGUGAAGAAAGAUAAGAAAUAUUUUUUUUCUGUUUUUGUUUUUAUAAUUACUUUCUAUAUCGAUUUGUGUCAUUUUCUAUAUAAUCUUUAUUUUAUUUUUAGCGAUUCUUGCAUUUUUUAUUAUCAUUUUUUAGAUCGACUGAAUAACUAUGUGUGUAAUAUUCUCAGUUACGGCAGAAAUAGCAUUUUUUAUCAGUUUUAUAGAAGACGAGUUUGUCAAAUUUUUACUCCUAUAUGGCUUGAUAAGGUUUAAUAUCUGUGCGUAUACAAAGCUAUACCGUUCACGUUUGCUGCUAUUUUAUCCCAUGUCGAUGAAAGAAUAAAAAGGAUAAAAAGAUAUUAAAUAAAAAGAGAUAAAAUAGUGUAGAAAUAUGAUGGUUUUAAUAGGAUAAAAGAUGUUAUUCAUCGAGGAAAUUGUAAUGAAUGAUUCUUAUUUAUUUUUCUUACGCUUGAGGGUCGUUUGUAGCGCGUUCCUCUUACAAUUCAAACGAUAUCCAGAUGUGAAAAAAAUGAAUGAGUAUCUUUUAUUAUGAUGGUUGUAUUGCACGUAUCUUGAUUAAAUGCUGGUAUAUUCUUUAGGCUAGCAGUCGCGCCUUUUUGCAGCCUAUAUGUGAACUACGAUGUUUUUAGGCGAAAUCACAGAGGAUGCCAUAAAAAAAACAACCCCCAAAUUUAGAAUAAAAACACAAGCUUAUCUUAAA